AUGGAGGUAGAACCAGAAGAAAUGAAGUGUCUAGGGGUCGUUGGGAUCUACAGAGAAGCCUACAAGAUCAUCUUCUCAUGGAGGAAGAUCUUCACCCAAAUCACCCUUGCCUUCAUCCUCCCACUAUCCUUCAUAUUCCUAGCUCAUAUCGAAGUAUCCGAUUAUCUCUUAGCCAACAUCAUCGACAAUGAAAACAAUUUGGUUGAAACUCAAAUCGGCACUCUGAAAUACAACAAGAUAGCCCAUCUCCUUUUCUCCGAAUUAGUCACUCUCUGCCUUUUCAAAGCCGCAUACCUCCUCUUUACACUCAUCUUCUCCCUUCUAUCCACUUCCGCCGUAGUUUACACCAUCGCUUGCAUCUACACCGGCCAAAAAGUGACCUUCACCAAGGUCCUGACUGUAGUCCCCAAGGUCUGGAAAAGGCUCAUACUCACCUUCUUAACCAUCCUUGCAGUGUUCUUCGCUUAUCACAUAGUUGCAGCACUUUUCCUGAUUUCAUGGAUAGCGUUUAUGGCCCCUAGCAAUACCGGUUUCUUAAUUUUGCUCUUUCUGGUCAUCUUCUACUUGGUGGGGCUUGUGUACAUGAGCAUAGUCUGGCAACUGGCUAACACAGUAUCGGUGUUAGAAGACUCGUAUGGGAUUGAAGCGAUGAAGAAAAGUAGAGAACUGAUAAAAGGAAAGGUAGGCGUCGCAGUCUUCAUCUUCUUUAAGCUGGGUUUUUUUAAUAUCAUCAUACAAGCAGCGUUUCAGAGGCUGGUGGUGCAUGGGGAGUCGCUGGACAUGAUCAAUAGGGCAGAAUAUGCGAUUAUUUGCGUCUUGUUACAUGUCAUGUUAGUUCUCUUUGGGCACGCUCUUCACACUAUUAUCUACUUGGUCUGCAAGUCCUACCACAAUGAAAAUAUUGACAAGUUGGCUUUAUCAGAUCACCUUGAAGCUUAUUCUGAUCAUCAGGACCAUGUUCCUCUGAAGGGGGAGGAUGUUAAGCCUGGGCAACUCUUGGUUUGA